AUGAAUUCGUCUGAAGUAUCUACAUUAAAUAUGCUGGACCCAGAUGACAAAUUAAUGAAGAAAUUUCAAAAAACACUUUAUACACAUUUGUCAAAUGUUAAUAACAGACUUUCAGAAGAACUACACGAACUUGAAUUAUCAGUAAAACAAGUUGAAAAGGAGUUAGAAUCUGAAGGUGUCAUUCUUUAUCAAACGCAGCAAGAAAUUCAGCACCAACACACAACCAUAAACCAAUAUUUAGAAGCAUUAACUAAAGUCACAUUGUUAAGAGAAAAAAGAAAUCAUAAUAUAGAAGGUGCUAAACAAGCAUUAAAAGAAAGUCGUUGUAAAUUAGAAGAAGAAAAAAACAAAAGGGAAAAACUUUCUCAAGAAUUAAAAAAUUUGCUGAGUUUCCAUGACUACUUAUCUAAGUGGGAAAAUGAUUUGAAUGAUUUUUUAAAAAUAUCUAAACAGAUCUCCUCACAAGAUGCGAAUAAAAAGAAGAUGCUAAUUAAUAAGAAACAACAACGAGAUUUUAUUUUGUAUCGAUUGAGGGAGGAGAUAUGGAAAGUUGAUGCAGAAAUAGCAUAUUUGGAUGAGCAGCUACAAAUUAAAGACAAAGAGAAAGAGGAUGCUAAUAGGAUGAUAGUAGAUGUAAAUACAGAUUUGGAGACCUUACAUGCAGAACGUAAAGAUUUACAUGACAUAUGGAAGUCUGUUGUAGCAAAUAUUUACAAAAGGAAUAGUUUUCAUGAUCAGUUACAAUCUCAACAAGAAGAAGCUCAAAAGUUGUGCAAUACACUCUUACUGGAAAUACAAAAAGUUAAAAAAGAAACGGAGAAGGAGAUGGAAAUUAACGAGCAUUUGACGUCUCUAUUAUUUCGUAUAGAGAAUGAUAUUAGAAUCAUAUCGAAAAUAGUAACAAUGUAUAACGAAAAAAUUACAGAUGUUGAAUUGCAGUUACUGAAGCUAACAAAAGUUAAUGAGCAAAUACACUGUGAUUAUGAUACUAUUUUUGCUAAAUACCAAAGCUGUUUAUACGAAGAGGAGCAAGUAAAUAAGAAAUUUGAAAUUAUUUUUGGAAAGAAAGUUAAUCUCGAAAGUGCAAUAUUUAAAAAAUUGGAAGAAAAGAUUAUAUGCGACAAAACAGCACAAUAUGUUAAUGAAUUGUUAUUAAACACAAAAAAUGCUGUAUUAGAACUUGAAAUUUCAGUUGCACGCAUAGAGAACUCCUAUGGAAAUAGUCUUUUGGAAUUAGAAAAAUUUACAAAUCUCCUUGAAAACCAAAAAACAGAUUUGCAGGAUAUAUUACAAAAAAAUGCAGGAAAAGAAAAACAAAUGGAUGAAUUACAGAAAGAAAUAAAAAAAUAUGAAACUGUAAUUGAAAGGAAACAAAGAAAGCUUCUUGUGAUAAAUAAAUGUAUUGAGCAGAUCAUGCCAAGUGUUGGUGAAGAUUUGAGUCCUCAAGAUUUGAGAAUUACCAGUUUAGAAAAGAAUAUUCAAGAACUCCAGCAGAGUAUUCAAAAAGCACAGCAAUUUUGGAUGAGACAACAAGGCUUCAUGGUUUCAUUGAGUCAACAGAGGGAAUCACAAUUGCGAGAAUUAAGUAUUCUUGACAAAGAAAUUAUGAUAAUGGGACAAAAAAAUUUUAAAUUAGAAUAUGCAUUGGAAAUGCUUAUGAAAGAAGAAUCGCAUGUAAAUAAAUCCAUAUUUUCUCUUCAGCAAAAACUGUUACGUAUGAAUACAGAUUUAGUGACACAAAAAGAUCUAAAAGAAGAAUUAGAAGAUAAAAAUUGUAUAAUAAAGAAUGAAUGCAUUCUAUCGUUCCAAGAACUAGAAUUAGAGCUUAUAAAAUUACAAAGCAAUUUACGAAAUAUAUGCUCUGAGAAAGUAAUAUUGAAGGAGGAAUUGAAAUCUGCACAGCAAGAAAGUUUAUCCUGGGAAAAGAAGGUACAACUUGUGCAAGAAACUGUAAAAAAAAUAAAAGAAGAACGUACUGCUGGUGGGAUAGCAUCAAUGAAAAGUGAAAUACAUAAAAUGGAGAUGAGACUUUCGUACCUAAAAAAAAUUCAGGAAAAAUUAGUCCAUGAUAUGGAACUCUGUGUGACAAGGCGAGAUGUUAUAUUUAACAAAGUGCUUAGCAAAUUUAACAAAAAUCCAAAAGAACGACAUAACGAAAAAGUCGUAAUGCACAAACGCCUCUCUGAUAAACGAACGAAAAUCAAACAUGUUUUAAAAGCAACGAAAUUAACUGAUGAUACGGUAAAACAAUUAAAAGGGGAAAUGAAAAGCAAGGAAAGUAAGCUAACGAAGUGUAAAGAAGAUUUAGAAAAUUUGAAAGGAAACAUUCCGAGUAUAGAAAAUGAAAUUGGGCAACUAGAAAUUUUAAAAUAUCAUAACCUGCAUACUUUAAUUCUUAAACAAAGAAAAGUAAAGCAAUUGCAUGAUGUAAAAAGUGGUACUUAUAAAAUGAUGUAUAGAAGUGAACAUACAAUAGAAGAAAAUUUGAAAAUGGAACACAGCUAUCGUCAACAUUUAAAACAUGUAUUGGAAAAAACUGACCAUGAUUUUCCCAUGUUACAAGCUAGUUUACGGAAAAUACUAUUAACCCUAAAAAUUCUUUAA